AUGCCCAUCCUUACAUCCCUCACACAGGCGACUAUUGUGCGGGCCUUUACUGGCCCCGAAGUAAACCGCCGUUUCUGUUUCGAACCCGUGCCACUUCUUCAGGCGACUGUUGCCGCUCCUGUAGCACUGAUGAUAGACGUGUGCGUUGUGGAUGUGGUUGUCUUCAACAUCGCUGCACAUCUACAUUUGAUCGACGUUAUUUUACCCAUGCAAGACCCCUACAUGACCCAGAUUACCGACGGAAGGAAGAAUUAUGAGUUCAGGAAAUAUUGCCUCAUGCCUAGUGCUAAAAGAAUCUGGUUCUAUCGGACUGCUCCGCUCUCCAGCAUCACCCAUGUCUGUGAAACUAAGCCCGCUCGAACUCGAAAACCCGGCGAUCGUCCUCUGGACGAAGAUGGACUGGGUAAUGCUGAAUUCAACAGCAAACACAAGGACUGGGAUGGUUACGACUUCGCGUACGAGAUGGUCACUUGUCUACGAGCUCAAACAGCCGAUAACCCUCAAGGAGAUGAAAGACAAACAUGGUUUCAAGCCGGCUCCAAGGGGGCUUGUUUAUCUGCCCAGGUCAAUUAG